UAAGAUAUUUAUAACUGAGAUAAAAGGACUCCUUAUCGUUAAGAUAACGUGGACUAGUUUCUACAUAAUGUAUAGAACCAUACAAAAGAAACAACACAAUUAACUACAAGAGUUCUGACUAUAAUAAUUACAAAGUACACGAUUGAAAAGGGCAAUACAUUUACUGAUUUAAAUCAAAAUGAAAUCGGUUUUCGGUGUUGUCCUUAUUGUGUUUUUUACACGAAGUGAGAUAACAGGAGUAGUCGUGCACACUAACGUCGGGGAUAUUGUGGGUGUUCAGGAAGUAGUGCAUUAUGUCGACGGACCGCCAAAAACGGUGUCCAAGUUCCUUGGAAUACCCUUCGCCGAAAACACUGGCGGACAAAACCGCUUCAAAAAGCCAAUUCCAAAGGCUCCAUUCACCCGUGCCUUCAAUGCAACAGCACUUCCGGUCGGCUGCAGACAAGGGAUGUCCAUUAUUGAGGAUUCUUAUCGCCAGUAUGGUUUAGACUUUUCCGAGGACUGUUUAGUGUUAAGUGUAUUUGUUCCAUACUCCUUUAACGAAACCAUGUCACUUCCUGUGAUGGUUUGGGUUUAUGGAGGCGGUUACUUGUCUGGAAGCAUAACUCCAUAUCCGGGUGAUGUGUUGGCCACUUUUGGUGACGUCAUUGUGGUCACUGUAAACUACAGACUUGGUCCAUUCGGUUUCCUGCGUUCAUCAGACGGCCAGCUGGUAGGAAAUCAGGGAUUAUGGGACCAGCAUCUCGCGUUUAAAUGGGUGCAUGAGAACAUUGCAGCUUUUACAGGAAAUCCUGACGCCGUAACAAUAUUUGGUGAAUCAGCAGGCGCAGCGUCUGUGUCCCUUCAGGCGAUGUAUCCCGGAAACAAAGGACUUUUCCAACGUGUUAUAGCCGAGAGCGGCUCAGCUCUGGCGCCAUGGGCCGUCACGCCGUCCACUGAUAUUAGUGGCUACCUUAACAGCACAGGCUGCGGGCUGGACAUUUCUUGUUUGGCGUCUUUACCCGUACAACAGGUUCAACUGAACACGUCAGACCAAAACGUCACAAGACAAUUCAAACCAACAAUAGAUGGGGACUUUCUAGUUGCGACACCGCAUGAAAUCAUACACGGAAAUAGCCAGGAAACCGAGGCUGCAAGAAGGUUUUUUGCAUCUCUGGACAUUAUAACCGGCGUGAAUACAUACGAAGGCGCUUCCUAUAUCCCAGCCGUAUGGCCGCAGAUUCUUGGCUUUAAACACUAUGACAACUUUACGAUGACAAGAAAACUCUUUACAGACGUAGCCAUUCCAUACCUGUUGAAAACCUUGCUCUUCAUCACACACCCAGAGAAUGUCAGAAUUUUGAAGCCGUUGAUAGAGUUUGAGUAUACCAAUUGGACAAAGCCAGACGACGAUAUGUCGCUUAAACUUGCUCUCGUAGCCAUGGUAACUGAUAGCAUCUUCUUCUAUCCGGCUCUAGAAACGGCUGUUGGUCACGUGACGUCGGCCGACAGUGGGCGCUUUACGUACAUGUACGAGUUUUCCGCCGAGCCGACCACCCACGGAUUCAUGAGCUCUUCGUGGAUAACAGGAAAUGCAAGUGACGCUUUUCAAUCACCGACCCCAAACUGGGUACAUGGUCCGAACCACGGCGAUGAGAUGAAGUACGUGUUUGGAUACCCGACCGCCAACAAGUACCGGGUACCCGGUGAUGGCAGUACGGACCGGGAUCGCGCAAAGACCGUCAUGACACUGUGGUCGAACUUUGCAAAACAUGGAAAUCCCAACAUGCCUAUGGACAUACACGGGCUUUCCUCUACACCAACACCAUGGGAACAGUUUAACGCCAGCACCCAUACAUAUUACGAGAUCUCCAAUGACCAAUGUAGCACAAACAAUCACUUUCAUUCCCGCAAAAUGGCAUUUUGGGGGGAUCUUGUAAAAUUUAUACUUGGACAUGAUCGUGAGUGUCAUUUCAAGAAUGUCACAGAUAUUCCUUAUUUCCCUAAAAUCAUCAUUGGGUAGUCAAUUGAUUAGAGAAACUAAUUAAAUGGUAUUGUUAGUAAUCUCUCAAUGUAUGGUUUCUCAUAGCUUCCUGGGACCUGUUUCAACAAUGAACCAGUCGAUAGUAUCCGUAAUAAUUGAAAUUAUAUAAGUUUUGUACUUAAAUUAUUUUGUCACAUAUUUGUGUGAAUUGAACUUAAGCCAGCAUUACGAAUUCAACACAGAAAUAAUAAAAUGUGUUGCCACAAGCAAUUAAAGCUAAUGAAGGUUAGUAUAGAUAACAUGUUGUCUUAUUUUGUAUUGCCGUUACUGUUAUACAGUAUAUAGUAUUAUAGUGUAUAAAUGUUAAUAUUUUCUUAAAAGGAGGGGAAAUUACGCG